CCCACUAUUGUCUACCCGAGCCUGGCAGGCGCUGUAUGGUCGGUUUGUGGUUGUGUUGGAGAUCUCGCUCGCUUGUCAAUACCACACACAACCAAUGCAUUAAUGCAAAGAGAUGGGAAUGUCGCAGUCAUGUUUCCACGACGAACUGCUGUAGCGCUGCUCGCCCUGUGUGGAUUCAUAGCGGCUGCUGAUGCUCUCAAGUGUAACUGCACCUCUUGUGAGAAGACCGGUUAUGUGUGCGAGACCGAUGGGGCCUGCAUGGCCUCCACGUCCUACAUUAACGGUCAGGAAGAGCAGCAGGUGCGAAUCUGUAUCCCUCAUGACAGCCUGGUACCGCCAGGGCAGCCCAUCUACUGCCUGAGUGCCAAGGGACUGGUCAAUACACACUGCUGUUACAAAGAUUUCUGCAACAGCAUUAACCUUCAAGUUCCAAAUGGGAUUUCUGAAGAAAGGAACUGGUCGGGCUCAGGUAGCAACUGGGGUCCGGUAGAGCUGGUGGCUGUGAUUGCUGGGCCGGUCUUCUUGUUUUGCCUUCUGCUCAUUGUGGGAGUGCUGAUUUACCAGCACCACCAGCGGAACUACAACCACCGGCAGAGACUCGAUGUUGAAGAUCCAUCCUGCGAUCAUCUUUAUUUGGCCAAAGACAAGACCUUACAGGAUCUAAUCUUUGAUCUGUCCACCUCGGGUUCAGGCUCUGGUCUGCCGCUGUUUGUUCAGCGGACGGUCGCCAGGACAAUCGUACUGCAGGAGAUUAUAGGUAAAGGCCGCUUCGGGGAGGUUUGGAGAGGGAGAUGGAGAGGAGGAGAUGUGGCUGUUAAGAUCUUCUCAUCCAGAGAGGAGCGCUCCUGGUUCCGCGAGGCUGAGAUUUACCAGACCAUAAUGCUACGUCAUGAAAACAUCUUGGGCUUUAUUGCUGCUGAUAAUAAAGACAAUGGCACAUGGACACAACUGUGGCUGGUCUCAGACUACCAUGAACACGGCUCAUUAUUUGACUAUCUCAACCACUACUCUGUCACAAUCGAGGGUAUGAUCAAGUUAUCACUCUCGGCAGCCAGUGGACUGGCACAUCUGCACAUGGAGAUCUUGGGUACACAGGGAAAACCAGGAAUUGCACAUCGUGACCUCAAAUCUAAAAACAUCUUGGUGAAAAAGAAUGGUACUUGUGCCAUAGCGGACCUGGGGCUCGCUGUACGUCACGAGUCCAUCACUGAUACUAUUGAUAUCGCUCCCAAUCAGAGGGUUGGCACUAAAAGAUACAUGGCUCCAGAGGUACUAGAUGAAACGAUCAACAUGAAACAUUUUGAUUCUUUUAAGUGUGCUGAUAUCUAUGCUUUGGGACUGGUAUACUGGGAGAUUGCACGACGGUGUAAUGCUGGAGGCAUCCAUGAAGAUUACCAGCUUCCAUACUAUGAUCUGGUGCCGUCCGACCCCUCCAUAGAGGAGAUGAGGAAGGUGGUGUGUGACCAGAGACUACGGCCAAAUGUGCCAAACUGGUGGCAAAGCUAUGAGGCACUGAGAGUUAUGGGAAAGAUCAUGCGGGAGUGUUGGUAUGCCAACGGGGCCGCCCGGCUUACCGCUCUGCGGAUCAAGAAGACGCUCUCUCAACUCAGCAUCCAGGAAGACGUUAAGAUCUGAAACAGACGGGAUGCUGCACGUCCCUGUAAAGACGCACAAGCGCAUAUUAAAGACGUUAGCGGAAAGAAACCUGCCAGUUUUAUCUCUCUCUUUUUUUAUCCUUUUAAUGUUGUGAUGAGGCCUACCUCACCAUCUCAAAUGAAACUACUGAGCAUCGGUCGAUCCCAACACUUUUCCGGAAGUAUAAACAGCCUAUUGUGAUGAGCCUCCAACUUCCCUCCACGGACCUAUUGUUAUUUCUUUUGGCAGGAAUGACAGAUAAGCUGCGACCAAGAAUUUAGUUUUUCAAGAACUUAAUGUCACCACUUCGAUGAUUCAUCCAAAACGGACGUUGCUAUGUGACUUUGAAUUUAGUUUUGUCCAUCCCUCAUUCACUUAUAUACGGUAUGUCAUAUUACAACAUAAAUAUACAUAUAUAAAUAUAUAUACAUAGUGCUAUACUGCUGUUGUAAGAAUGUGAAAAAUGUGGAUAACACUGUUUUGUCCUGCUAAGACUUUCAAUACAUGUAAAAAUCUAAGUGUAGCAAAGCAAGGAAGGACUACGUGAAUGUCAAGUGAAAAUAGGCAUUGCAGCAUUUCGUUUUUUGUGGAAGACAUGAAUUUAAACUACUUGCUCCUGACAGAUCAUCAGUAAAAAUCUGCUCAUUCAUCUUUUUUGCUGAAGUCAAUGUGCAACUCUCAGCGUGUGAUGCAAUGUUCACAGGAAAUGAGCGUAUGUGUGAGUUUUAUUGAAUUAUUAUUUUUUAAGUCCACGUAAUUGCGGUGUGCGUUGUGCAACCAUUUCUAGCUCACGUUUACUCGUAACUGACAAUCUUUCUGAUCUAGCUCCAUUAUCUCAGACCAGUGCUGUCAGUACAGAGGAAAUAAAUGAGUGGUUUUGGUAAGAAAAAAUACUUGUAUUCCAAACUGCUUUAUAUCGGAAAGUUGACAUGCUAAACUUCACUACUGUUUAAUGUUUGCUAUCAUUGUCCAUUAGGGAUGUAGUAGUUAGUACCACUUCAGAGAAAACGUUAUCUCUGUAAUGCCCGUAUUUUACACGUAUUGCUCUGCUUUGCUGUGCAUUGAAGACUUAUUCAGUUAAAGCAACACUAUGUAGUUUCCAUGUAAAAAUGACUUACAGCUCCCCCAUGUGGUUGAAAAGCGCAACAGUGCCUGGUAUCAUACACAUUUUUCUGCAGGCAGGGGGAGGGGCGGGGCUGUGUGCUCUAUCCUCCACCCCCACUUUUAGAGUGUGCUUGUAGCAGCUAGGAGGCUGCUCAGGUUUCAGCAACAGUCAGUUUGUCCAGUUAAAAGUUGUUCCAUCACUGAAAUAAUUUUAGAGACAUUAUUUAAAGGUAUAAAAACUACAUAGUGUUGCUUUAAAUUUCAGUGUACUACUGAUCAUUUAUUCAUGCAACUUCGUGUUUGUUGUUUAACACAUAAUGCCACUUUACUGUUCCCUCCUCUGUCAGGCUGGUGUGCGCAUGUGUCUUGCUUACUGUUAGUUAUCCUAGGUAAAAGUAUACUUACAAACCCAGCAAGUAGGUGGCACUUUGGCCACAGAGCAUAAGGGUCCCUGAUAAAGGUGGGUUUCCCUUAUGAAUAUGGCAAUAGAUGCUGGAAUGGGAAGGGAUGGUUCCCCCAAAAUGAAAAUUCUGUCACCUCACCCACAUGUUGUUACAAACCUAUAUGAAUUAAAUUUUUCUGAUGUACGCGAAGAAAGAUAUUUUAAGGAAUGUUUGUAAUCAAACCAAUCAUGAGUUCCAUUCACUUCCAUAGUAGGAUAAAUAAUACUACCGAAGAAAAUGGGGCUCACGAACGGUUUGGUUACCAACAUUCCUCAAAAUAUCUUCCCCUGUGUUCAUCAAAACAGAAAUUUAUACAGGUUUGUAGCAACAUGAGGGUGAGUAAAUGAUGAGAGAAUUUUUUUAUUUUUGGGUGAACUAUCCCUUUAAGAAUAAAUAAACAAGUACAUUUGAAAUACAUUUUGUAAAAGUUAUACACUACAAAUAUACUAAUUAAAGUAUAGUCCUACUUCAGUGCACUUGAAAAAAUUGGGUAACACGUUAUUUCGAUAGUCCACUUUAGACAUUUUACUAUUAAAUAAGUAACUUUGCAACUACAUAUCAACUACCAAUCUUUAGAGAAUUAGUAGACUGUCUGCUUAAUAUCUACCAACACUUUAUUGUGAUGAUAUCUCAACAGACAUUCAACUGACUAUAAGUAUCUUUUCAGGUGCAUGUCAACUUAUUCCACUAACCCAAACCUCUUCCCUAACCCAAACGCUUACAGUCUACUAAUACUCUAAUGACAGUUAGUUGACGUAUAGUUGCAAAUUAUUGAAAGGUAGUUGGCAUGUAGUUAUUUAUAGUUAGUAAAAUGUCUAAAGUGGACUAUCAAAAUAAAGUGUAACCAAAAAUUGUAUACUAAAUACCAGUAAUACUUCAAUUGAUUUUCCGUGUAUUAAAAUAAUUAAAAUAGCACAGUUGAGUACACUUAAAUAAGUUUAUCUUAAAAAGUACUAAAGGCUAAUUUGUUGUAUAUUAAGUACUAAACUAUUGUUUGAAAUAGUACAUUUACUAGGUUUACCUAAAGUGUAUUUUAACAUCUUUUUUACCUGGGAUAGCCAGAAAGCAUAUUUUCUGCCUAUAAACUGGACUGUAAAGGCAGGGUGCAUGAUCUCUGAAAGCCAAUGUUGACAUUUUAAAUCACCUCGACAAACACGCACCUUCCCCAAUAGAUCUGUACCUUCCUUUGAUAGACCCGCCCCACACAUACACAACCCAGGCAGUAGGCUUGUUUGACUUCAUGUGGUGCUGCUAGAACCGACAGGCGGAUGCCGCUAGACAAAAUAAUUUCUCAAAUCAUUCUCGCGGUACUUUCAACCGGGUGUCGGUUCGUGCAGCGCCGCAUGAAGUCAAGCCUAAUGAUGUCAGAUAGUAGACGUGCCCCUUAAUGCUGAUUGGCUACAAGUGAGUUUUGGUACUUGGCCCAACUUUUUUUUUAUCAUGCACCCCACCUUUAAGGAAUAUCAACUGAAUUGUAUAACAGAUGACAUUAGAAUUUGAAAUUAAGGGUCUGUAUUGGCUUAAUUUCAUUCAAGGGGGUCUUCUGUUUCAAAAUGAAAGGCUGAAUAGAGCAGGGGGUCCCAAGGACUGGAUUUGGGAACCACUGGAAUAGAGCAAGGGUCCUAUGUGUAUUGUGUAUUAUAUGUAGCUGAAUCUAUUGCAGUCCAUUUCCCAUUGUCCGGUGCGCAUUUUAUAUUGCUAAGGUCAUAUCCCCUGAAUCUGCUUUUUGUGGGACAAGUGUAUGUCGGACGAGAGUAACAUGAUUCAUUGAACUGUAAUUUACACUUGAAUUGAGAAUGCCUAAUACUAAUAAUUAUGACUGAACCUUGUUUUAACAUGGUGCUGUACAUCAUACACUGGGAAUUCUGUCCGUAGAGAUUGUAAAUACAGAGAAAUACAUCAGCUAGUUGUUUAAUCAUUAUUUAUAUUGUGCUUGCUUUUUCCAAAAAGUGAAUUUUACAAUUGUGUGUAAAAAAUAUGUACUCAUACUUUUGGUAUAGACUGAGAGAAAGACAAUUUUUGGCAUCAUUUUGAAUGGUAGUUUUGUGAGGGACAGAGUUCGAAUUCCCCUAAACUUUGUCUAUGUUAGAAAUGAGUUUAGGCUUUCAAUGAGACUGCAAAUGAGUUCCUGACCCUGUGGUUCAAGGUGUAAAUUGAAAUAUGUUGAAAACAAAUUUACUUGUGGAUUAGUCAAUAUGAUGUACAUAAAUGGUAUACACAGUAAUAAAUACUUUUUCCUAUUUCA